AUGUUCGCAUUUCAUCUGUUUUCGAGACUUCCAACCGAGGUCCGCAUUCUGAUAUGGGUCUAUUCUGUUGAGCCUAGAAACGUCGGCGUCAGGGCCAUUCAAGCGUCAAAGGGACCACGAGACAGUGAAAGAAAUUGGAGACUGCCCAACGAGGCUCUGGGUCCGGAUCCAUACCUCCCCGUCCCUGUGCCAGCCGUGAUGCAGACCUGUAGGCAAAGCCGAGGCCAAGGGCUAUACGAAAAGGUCAUGUAUGCACAUACGGCUCCGGCCGAGCACCGCUACGCUUCGAUCAACUUUGAGAUGGAUAUAAUUGAUCUUGGGACAGCUUUACUUGACACUGUGAGGAAUAUUGCCCCCCGAAUACGACGACUGAAAUUUGAGCGGAGUAAUGGCUCCGAGUAUUGGUAUCACUGGGAGUCACAGAACCUGACCUGGCUCGGCAACGUGGAGCUGUAUCAGGCUGGGAAGCGCACUAUUGGCCAUGCAGAAGAUACAGAUCUGUCCUUUGCCUUUCUAUAA